AUGAGUGUACUCCAUUCGGUCAAACGUCGUACAGAAUUUUUGAACAAGAUCUACGUGAAAACAGUGGACAGUCCGGGGAACACCUCUUCCUUGAUUCGAAGUUUCCCAACAUUGUCAGAUUGUGUAGCUUUUUCUUUUCCUCCCCAAGUUUAUCUUUCUCGGCCAGUCUAUUUGUUCUCUCUCUCUUCCUCUCUUUCUUUCUUUCUGUCUUUCUUUUACCGCUACUUCUUUCUUUCUUUCUUUCUUUCUUUCUUUCUUUCUUUUACCGCGACUUCUUUCUUUCUUUCUUUCUUUCUUUUUUCUUUCUUUCUUUCUUUCUUUCUUUCUUUCUUUCUUUCUUUCUUUUACCGCGACUUCUUUCUUUCUUUCUUUUACAGCUACUUCUUUCUUUCUUUCUUUCUUUUUUUUUCUUUCUUUCUUUCUUUCUUUCUUUCUUUCUUUCUUUCUUUCUUUCUUUCUUUUACCGCGACUUCUUUCUUUCUUUCAUUUACAGCUACUUCUUUCUUUCUUUCUUUCUUUCUUUCUUUCUUUCUUUCUUUUACCGCGACUUCUUUCUUUCUUUCUUUUACAGCUACUUCUUUCUUUCUUUCUUUCUUUCUUUCUUUCUUUCUUUCUUUCUUUCUUUUUUUUUUACCCCUACUUUUUCUUUCUUUCUUUCUUUCUUUUACCCCUACUUCUUUCUUUCUUUCUUUCUUUCUUUCUUUCUUCACAGUCAUCAGAUCAGUACCUUCUUUUUAUGUUCGUCCAGCGAUUCCCUUCAGAUUGUCAUUCUUCACAUCAUUCGUGUAUUUGUCUUACUUUUGUUACUCCCCCUUCAAAAUGUUUCUGGCUUUCAUUUUUCUUUCUCUUUCCCUCACUCUUUAUAUCUACCUCUCUCUCUCUCUCUCUCUCUCUCUCUCUCUCUCUCUCUCAAUAAACCCUGGCCUUUCUUUCUUUCUUUCCGUUUCUCCAUUUUUAUUUGCCAUCAUUUACUGUUUAUUCCUACAUUUUGACGUUAGUUUUAAUUCAUGUUUCCUGGUUGUCUUUUCUUUCCUGCUUUCUUUUUCUAUGCCCGCUUUUGUUUUUUUUAUAGCUUCAGCAUGUUAUAAUCUUUCUUUCUCCGUUCGUUCGUCCGUUCCUUCCUUCCUUCCAUCUUUCUUCUUUUCUUUCCUUCUCCCCACCCUUCUUUUUAUUUUAAUCUUUGUUUACAAAUUAUUUUGUUUCGUAUAA